AUGGAGCGGAAAAAUGUCAACACCGGCAACCGCGGCGGCAAGCGUCGCAAUUCGACCGACAAUCCUCCCAACCCCAGCCCCCUGGAUGUCCUGGCUGAAGAAGCCAGCAAGCGGGAGUACCUUCCGGUGCCCGAGGCAAAGCACCAGGACCUUCUCACGCUGGCUGAGGCGGCAACGAAGGUGCUGGGCGACGACGCCAAGAAGAUCGACAACGACGAUGUCGCUGAGGAGACCAUCGAGGUCAAUGCAAGCGACGCGCCGUUGAACGAUCCGGCGGACAAGGGCAAGGGCAAGGGCAAGGAAAAGGACGGCGACGGCGACGGCGACGGCGACGGUGACGGCGACGACGACGACGAGGUCGUCAUCGUCACAAUCAAGAAAAAGCAGUCGACAACCUUUAUCUCCGAUCCGCCGCUACUUGGCGGCCGUCGCAUGGCCAAGGCCACCGGCGCAAAGAAACCCAAGAAAAGCGACAAGGCGGAGAAUAAAGCAAUUCCGACCGCGUCCACAUCCUUCGUCACCCCUUCCCCAACCCUCGGCAUGGGGAACUUGGCCCUCGACAGCCCGCAGUCGGUCGCCAGCGAGCCAUCGACCAAGCAGAAGUGCACUUCGUGCGAGCGACUAGGCGACCGCGCCAAGUGCCAGGUCGUCAAACCUAAGGUCUACCACGGCGCCUGCAUGCGGUGCAUUUCCCGGGGCGAGACCAAAAAGUGCAGCCUCUACCGGGGCUAG